UUAUCUUUUGUAUUUGUGAAUUUUUUUAAGUCUACGAUUUUAUGUUGAAGAAAAUGUGUCCCUUGCAGCUUACUUUGGCCAUUAUAAAACCUCAUGCUGUUAAAAACCUCAUUUCCUUAAAAAAAAUCAAAGAAAUAAUAGUGACCUCAAAAUUUGAAGUUGUUCAUUCCAAAAGAAAAAUAAUGUCACUAGGUGAAGCUGAAUUAUUUUAUUCUGAACAUAAAAACAAUUUUUUUUAUAACAGACUGAUAACUUCUAUGACUAGUGGACCCUGUGAUAUAUCCAUUUUAGCAAAAGACAAUGCAAUCAAAGAAUGGAGGGUAAUUAUGGGACCAACGAAAGUUUUUAAGGCUCAGUUCGAGGCUCCCGACAGUAUAAGGGGACAGUUCGGAUUAUCGGAUACUAGAAAUGCCACUCACGGAUCCGAUUCAGAAGAGUCGGCUAAAAGGGAAAUUAAAAUAUUUUUUCCUGACUUUGAUAUUGAGAAAUGGUAUCAAGAACACAAUAUCGACAAUAGGUGACAGAAAUGUAGACUUAUUUUGUAAAUAUGCAUUUAUUUCCAUACCAAAGAAAAUUAUGAAAAAUAGAUAUAAAGUAUAUAUGGG